AGACUACAUAGCAGCUUGUGUAAAUAGGCCCCAUUUUCAAUAAAUACAUACAUUCAGGAGUUCAUUAAACAACAGUGACUGCGAAUUAUGUCACGUACCAAGGUUGCACUUAUAGUCGGUGCUGGAGAUGGCCUCGGCGGUGCGAUCGCGCGCAAGUUCGCCAGAGAAGGACUUACGGCCUGUGUGGUGCGACGGAAGAAAGAGUCGCUUCACAAACUUGUAGAUGAAAUCGAACAGGCGGGCGGGAAGGUUGUACCGUACGGUGCAGACUUUCGGGACGAGGACCAGGCCGUCAACCUCAUUCAGGAGAUCGAGAGCAAUGUGGGUCCCAUCGACGUCGCUGUCCACAACAUUGGUGCCAACGUAAACUUCAAGAUAGGCGAUACAUCCAGCCGAGUCUACCGUAAGGUCUGGGAGAUGGCGUGUCUGAGUGGGUUUCAUAUGGGCCGAGAAGUGUCUAAGGUCAUGGUACAACGACAGUCUGGCGCUGUGUUCUUCACAGGCGCUACUGCAUCGCUCAGAGGCGGCUCGGGCUUCUCCGCUUUCUCAGGAGCCAAGUUCGCUCUGCGCUCGCUGUCACAAAGCAUGGCUCGGGAACUGCACCCCCAGGGCAUACACGUGGCGCAUGUAGUCUGCGACGGUGCGAUUGACACUCCCUGGAUACAAGAGAACUUCAAGCACCUGGUGGACAAGGUUGGACCGGAUGGUAUAAUGGAUCCAGACGCCGUCGCCGAGAACUACUGGCACCUGUACAACCAGCCCAAAUGCGCCUGGACCCAAGAACUGGAUAUCCGCCCUUAUAUGGAGAAGUUCUGAUGUUGCGGGUACAUGUAGUUACGUAUCACGAUACUGAGUAGUGAAAAUGGCCCAGACACUAUUGAGAGCACACGCCGACAAAUAGAUGACUAGAUGACUAUUAUGUAU